CCUUCGCCCCUUCGCCCUUCCUCCCUGGACCAAGGCAGUCUACCUGCUGGAUACCCCCAGGCACCAUGGACCCCCAGCCUCUCCUCCUCUUCCUCUGCCUCCUCCUGCCAGCUUCCCAGAGCCCUGUCCGCUCUCCCCAGCUGAUGCUAGAAAUCCUCGGCUCGGACCUCGCCAUUCUGCUGUCGGGACGUGAAGCGGGGGACCCUUCGCCCCCCCUCGGCCCCUCGGCCCCACCCUUAGGUGGGCAGCCUCCCCCCAGGCCCCCGACUCUGCCCCCCGAGCACCCCUGGCUUCCCCUCCUCCAGGAGCUGGCCAGGACCCAGCCACGGAGGCUCCGAGGACGGGCCCAGAAGGCGGCCCAGCUGGGCUGCUUCGGCAUCAAGCUGGACCGGAUCGGCACCUUCAGCGGCCUCGGAUGCUGAGAGUAAGCGGGCAGGGUGGGGACCACUGGGACCCCCAAAGCCGGUCUUUCGGGAUGGGGGAGGGGGCUGGGGCUUUGCCGGGCAGCCCUGGACCCACAGGAGCUGGGCCAGCCUGCCGUGGUGCC